CUGCUCAGCAGCGGAGACGAGCCCUGCCAGAGAACCCCCCGCCCCCCCUCCCCUCCCCUUUCCUCCGACCUGUCACUCAAGCGGAUCCCCGGUUCGACAGCGGUCGCAAGAAGAAGGCAGAAAACACCCGGUCCAGAUAAAUAAGAACCGAGGAGGACCUCCAGCCCACCCGAGCUACGCGCACUGCUCUCCGGUGAUCAACAGAUCGGCCACUCCGCGGUCCUACACACCGGGGCGAUGAUGAGCCGAGGAGGCGGGAGACAAUACCGGAACCAGGCGGCACAUGUGAGCUCGUGUACUCGAUGAGCGAAUCGGCGCUCGUAUUGUGGAGGAGCAAAAACACCAGAAGGUUCGGUCCACGCCAAAAUGACCCCACUACCACCAUCACCACCACCACCACCAUCAUCAUCAUCAUUAUUAUUAUCCGGUACCGCCGCUGUAACGGAGCGGGCCCGCGGGGAUUCUGCCAGCGCUUUUACGCAGCAGACCACAUAGUGACCACCACUGAGGCAAUGGACAAAAGAAGAGUGGAGGGGGAAGAACUGAAAUAAUCCAAAGAACGCACGCCGAGCCACCUAAGAAGUCCUGCGGAUCUUCAAGUUUGGACCGAACCAAGUCCAAACCUCCUCUUGGUGGUCUUCAUCAUCAUCAUCAUCUUCUUCUUCAUCAUCUUCUUGAAUCCUUAAAGCAUCUUCACAGACUCGCAUAGCGAGUCUGUGAGCAGUUGAGAGAGGGACCCUGUCUGCCCCACUGUCCAGCGACACCAUGAGCUGGAGCUUCCUCACGCGGCUGCUGGAGGAGAUCCACAACCACUCCACCUUCGUGGGGAAGCUGUGGCUCACCGUGCUCAUCGUUUUCCGCAUCGUCCUCACAGCCGUCGGGGGAGAGUCCAUCUACUACGACGAGCAGAGCAAGUUCGUGUGCAACUCGGGGCAGCCGGGCUGCGAGAACGUCUGCUACGACGCCUUCGCCCCGCUCUCCCACGUCCGCUUCUGGGUUUUCCAGAUCAUCCUGGUGGCCAUGCCGUCUCUCAUGUACAUGGGCUACGCCGUCAAUAAGAUUGCGAGAUUAGACGAAGCCAAGGGAGGAGUCGGUUCUGCUGCCGUGAGAACCGCAGGCGUGGGCUACACGCACAGGAAACCCAGGAAGAUCUGCUUCGGGGCGCGGCAGCACCGGGGAAUCGAGGAAACCGAGGAGGACCGCGAGGACGAUCCAAUGAUCUACGAGGUCCCAGAAAUCGAGCCUCCGAAAAGACCUCGCGAUCCGCUACAACCCACACCCAGACCUAAGAUCCGCCACGACGGUCGCAAGCGAAUCCGCGACGAGGGUCUGAUGCGGGUCUACGUUCUGCAGUUGGUAACGCGCACCGUUCUGGAGGCGGGCUUCCUUACGGGUCAAUACUUGCUGUACGGUUUCCGCGUGACGCCCGUGUUUGUGUGCUCGGGGAAACCUUGCCCCCACAGCGUGGACUGCUUUGUGUCCCGGCCCACCGAGAAAACCAUCUUCCUGCGUAUCAUGUACGGCGUCACCGUGCUGUGUCUCACGCUCAACGUCUGGGAGAUGCUUCACUUGGGAAUCGGGUCCAUAUGCGACAUCCUACGCCGCCGCCGAUGCCCGCCUCAGGACGACGAGUACCAGCUGGGUUUGCUGGGAACCAAUGUAGGCGGCGAGGGUUCGGUUGGCGGCGCGGGUCCGGAAGCAAGUUCUGAAGGUGGCGACGGCGGAGACGGACCCGCCGAUUACGUCGGCUACCCGUUCUCGUGGAAUACGCCGUCGGCGCCGCCGGGUUACAACAUCGUAGUGAAACCCGAGCAGAUGCCGUACACCGACCUCAGCAACGCAAAAAUGGCGUGCAAGCAGAACCGCGCCAACAUCGCGCAGGAGGAGCAGCAGCAGUUCGGCAGCAACGAGGACAACUUCCCCACGGGGGGCGAGGCCCGCGUGGCCCUCAACAAGGACAUGAUCCAGCAGGCCCACGAGCAGCUGGAGGCCGCCAUCCAGGCCUACAGUCAGCAGCACCGGGCCGAGGAGACGCUGGCGGACAACCAGGACGACAAGCCCCAGAGCAACAUCAUCAUCCAGCCGCAGCCGCAGCCUCAGAAGGAACGCAAGCACAGACUCAAGCACGGCAAGGGAGGAAGUAGCGGCGGCGGCAGCAGCAGCAACAGCAGCAGCAGCAAAUCAGGGGAGGGAAAACCCUCUGUAUGGAUUUGACCCCGCCCCCCCACCGCCACGCCACGCCACACUCACACCGCCGUGCCUUUCUGAAUCCUGCAAGCUGGACAAGAUUGUGUACGCGACCAUGCAGCUGGCGCUUUGUCUGGGCGGUCGCGGGUCAAACUUGAAAAACAGAAGACGGUCUGUCUUGUACCCCCCCUACCCCCUCCACCCCCGGGGUCCUAAAGCCACCCUCAUUGUCUGCCUUGUCGAACGGGAAUACACAAUUCGGCUCAUUUCCUUUGCAAGGACUACCCAGUUGCAAAAAACGAUGACAUGCAAUAAGAGAAAUGACUUCCUGUUUCCUGUCUCACCUUAUGGUAACAAUAUGUCUUCUGUGUGUGUGUUUUUUUUUUUAACAGGAGUGCUGCUCGGGCCUUUUUGUUGUUGUUGUUGUUGUUGUUGUUCCCGUGUCCCAAAAGAACAUGGUGCAUCCUCAACUUUAAUGUUGGGCUUCUCACUGUUGUUGAGCCGUUGCCGCCCUCUGGUGGGCGCCGUGCGUAUUGCAACAUAACAUACACAAACACAUAUAUGCUUCCUGUAUCCAGCAGCUGUGAUGGAUGGAUCUUAAAGUCUUCCCAUUAGUUGACGAAGGUUCGAAGCCAUUUAAAAAAAAGAAAAACUAUGAGACCAAACACUGUUUGUGUGUCAGUGCCAAGAUUUUAAGGUUUUCCACUCAUUGUGAGUGAAGCUUUGGAAUGCCAAGGCCAUGUUUGAAACGCCUACGCGGUGGUGACCAACCCUUUUGUAAAACUCAUUGUAUUGUAUUGCGUUUCAAAAUCGGGAUUUUAUUUCACUUUUUAUACAAAAUAUGCCUUUUUUUGUCCCUUUUUUUUUUUAGCAGAAACUGUUUUAAAAUGGAAUUAACUGUGUGUAUUUAUUGUGAUUUAAAUUGCCUUUCAAGUGUUAUUUAAAAAAGAAAAUAAUAAUAAUGUGAAAUGACAUAGUAUAUUUUUAUAAAGAAAAGGAAAAAAAAGGCAGACUUGGGGCUAAUGUAUUGAGAGCGGUUUUCAACGGGGGCGAAAAGGAGAAUGCGCCCAAACGAGCUGCUUGUGUUUGUAUAGUGGCGGCGCGGUGGCGUGCUAAAGCGGGCUGCACCCAACAUACACGAGACUGAUCUCACUUCGAAAAAAAAAACAUCCGGUCCUGUUUCAAUGCAUACAAUGUAGAGAGAAGCAGGUGAUGCCUGCUCAGGAGUGAGAUUUGUCUCUGUUGUCAUGGAAACGGGGGCAGUUAUCCGGGUCGAAUGAAUGACAUGACCCUUAAGUGUUGUUAUUUAUUUGUGCGUUUGUGUUUUUACCCUUCUCUUUCAUCUGCUGGGUGACUAAGAAAGAAAGAAAACUCGUCCAAUACUUUGUUUUCACACAAGGGCACUGUUGAAAAAAAUGAUGACGAUAACCAUAGAACAGGAAGGAACACACGACUCUGUCCUGGCUGCUCAUUAAAAAACAUAUGAGACGUCAUCAUAUCUUUUUAGACCUCAGUGUGUUCUACUUUUGCCUUGGCACCCCCACAACAGCAGGGGACCAAAAGGUGAUAAUAACCAUAGAAUCGGUUACAAUACAAUUACAUUGUUAAUUAUGAAUAGGUUAUUGUCAAGAAACUCACCUAUCAGGCAUAAAAAUCAUCCUCCUUCAGUGAACAUGGUUGAGGCGUUUUGCUUUUUCGGGGGGAUUUUUUUGUGAUGAUAACCAUAGAACAGGAAAUGGAACGUAUUGCUAUGAAAAAGAAGCACUGUGCGACAAAACAUUUCCCAGACACAAAAUAUGCCAUUCGAUAUUUUUGCAACGUAAGUAAGUAUUUGCAUAUGUCUGUGUCCUGGCUGCUCAGUACAACAUGGCUAAAGUCGAUUUUUUUUUUCUUCCCACAAAUCUCUGUUAAUCCAUGAACCCUCAAAUUUGGUCCAUUUGUGAGGGAUUUAUCUGCUCCAAAGCAGUAGCACAGAGGGUGGGCAAACUACGGUCCGGGGGCCACAUCCGGCCCACCAAAGUAUUUCAUUUAAACUUUGAAUAUCCAAGCUGACAACAUGACUUGUAUUCAGAAUCAGUCAAUUUGAGACAACAAUCUGUGUGCAGUUCUCCACUGUGGCCAGCGAGGGCGCUGUUUCUCAUUUCAAUGACUUCAGCGAGUCAGCUAUGGGAAGUUGAAACUUACAAAGAGUCUUGAUUCCUGUUUAAUGCGUAUUGUUUUUUUUCUACGUCAUCUCCGUGUGAACAAGAUGAAGAUAAAUGGCUGUGAUCGUUUUUUUUUGUGCUGAUAUCAGAUUAGCGAUAAGGCCUCCCAACUAUGCCACAUUUCAGGUGGAGCACCUGUUAUCACAAAGAUGUCAGCGCCAAUAAACAAUGACAGAAAUUAUGGUUGCUGCCAAGCAAUAUUGUGCCGUGUUUAUUUUGUAAUAAGCCGACGUUGACACAAAAGCGACAGGUUGGGGCAGCUUGUGUGUUAAAAACAAUGUGGUGUGUUCUUAGGGUGCCGGGCUGCGUUGUUUCCCCCUUACGUGUCUGAAGAUAGCCGCCCGUGUGACCAUUCAUUAAAAAGAAAACAAACAGUCGUGUUUUUUCUAUGCCUUUAAAAAUACAUGUAAAUCCAUUUGAUCACAUGUGUUUUUUUUAGCAUUCUGUCAUGGGUAAAAAUUGAGGUUGCAUGUUAAAAGACCUAUUUUCGUAAAAAAUAAAAAAUAAAAUAAAAUGAA